GUCUGAUUGGCUAAAGUCCCUGUCACUCUCCCCGUGUUUAUGACAGUAGAUUUCUCUCUCUGCUGUCUUCAUAAUGAUUUUAACGGAUUGUUUGGUUAGAUUCUGGGGUCAUUUCGUUUUGAUUUUUUUGCCCAUCAGGGUAUAGCUUCAUGCUAGACAAUCAUAUUUAUUAUUUGCCGAGUUUGGGUAUAAAAACUUCUAAAAUAUGACGGCGCUGAGACGAACACAGUAUUAAAGAGAGGAUCAUCACAUCGAUCUACUAACUACUGCUGCUAAACAGACUCCCGUGCGCUGCCAUGGACAGCGUGAAGAUUGAGUCUGUCCAGAUUAAAGAGGAAUUUCUUGAACUCGUCCCCAUUAGAGUGGAGUUCUCAGAGCUGGCUUCCCUCCCCAUUAAACAGGAGCUCUGUGAGAUGCAAGGUGACAGCAGCCAGCCAGAGGUCUCUGAGAUUAAAGAUGAGCACGAUGAACUGGAGAGCCCCCAGACAGAAGAACCCCAUCCUGUGAAACAAGAAGAGGUGCUGGAAAUCAUCCAGAUCAAACGGGAGCCCCCGUUAGUAGAGUUUGAGCAUGUGGAAGCAGGGAAGGAAGAAUGGGAGGACUUGAAACCAAACCUCCCUGAGCUGGAGCCUGUGCGCCUGCGAGAGUGUAGCGUGGUGCUGGAGAGAAUCUGUGUGAGAGAGCAAGGCGCUGGAGAGGAAGGCUCUCCCAACAGCACGCAAGGAGGUUCCAGUCCAGCAGCUAAAGUGAGGGCGGGCGGUGGAAACGAUCCUGUCUGUGUGAAGAGUUUCACAAAGUCAAGAGACCUGAAAAGACACCAGCGAACUCACACAGGAGAGAAACCGUAUCCCUGCACUCGCUGUGCGAAGAGUUUCAGUCACGCAGGCACCCUGAAAGCACACCAGCGAGUUCACGAUAAAGUGAAUUGCUGCUCUGACUGUGGGAAGUGUUUCAGUAGAACAGACCAACUUGAAAUACACCGGCGAAUUCACACAGGAGAGAAACCGUAUCGCUGCUCUGACUGUGGGAAGAGGUUCAAUAACCCUGGAUCCCUGAAAAUACACCAGCGAAUCCACACAGGAGAGAAACCGUAUCGCUGCUCUGACUGUGGGAAGAGAUUCAAUAAUUUAGGAGGCUUGCAAGAACACCGGAGAGUUCACACAGGAGAGAAACCGUACCGCUGCUCUGACUGUGGGAAGGGUUUCGAUAGAAAACACAGUCUUGUUUCACACCAGCGAAUUCACACAGGAGAGAAACCUUAAAUCUCCCGUCCCUUUCUCCAACCAUCUCCAAGAGACGAAACUUUCAAUCUGGAUCAACAGUGAUCCGGAUUUUGUAAUGCAAUUUCUUUUUAAACACAGAUUUCGUGAAUCAGAAUUAUUUGUAAUGUGGAUAAAUCCAGCAGUGAUUAUUUAAUGGGGGAAAAAAAAAAAGAUCCCAAAAUCCCGAUCGCUGUUCAUCCAGAUUAAAAAGUUUCGGAAAAACCGACCGCAGCGCGUGUCACCAGCGCAGCCCGUGUGCUUACAGUCACUGUCAUUUUAAACUGCUUGUCUCCGUGUGAAAACCCGGUUCAACAGGCAGAUUACCCCAGCCGCUCUCUCCUGUACAGACUCUCAGGCUGAUCAACCCUGCACCUCUUCAGGGAUUCCUCCCUCCUCCCCCCCUCAGAUCUCAUUUUGGAGCCUCUCUUCCAGUCUGUGGAAGAGCAGGGCUCUGCCCUUGGAAAUACUGGCAGGGAUGGAGUUAAAUUCUCCUCCCUGCCCAGGUUGAUUACGUCAGGUGGGAGCAAUCAAUCAAUUAAUUAUUAUUAUUAUUAUUAUUAUUUAUUUCUUAGCACAACCCUCCGGUCAAGAGUCCAGAGCCCUAACCACUACUCCACACUGCUGCCCUAUUCAAUGAUUACUCAGCCACCUGGCAUAAAAGGAGGCCUCAGCCUCCCAGUAGGGAGAGUUCUAGAAAGAGGAGAGUAGCUGAGGAAGUAAGAGUGAGUUUCUUUUGUGUGUGCUGUUUUUCUGUUCGUUUUUGAAUCCAGUGAAGGUAACGCCCAGCAUGGAAGCCUUAUUUUUUGUAAGUUUUGUUUUGUGCUUAUGUAGUGAUGGCUUUCUGCAUGAGGUAUUAAUUAUGUUAUUAUAAGUUUUACAUUAUGUGUGUGUUUUUCUUUUAUAGUUGAGUUGUUUUUAAUCAUUAUGUUUAAAUUGAGUGUGUAUGUGGUUUGGUUAUUAUUUUAAUAUGUAGUUUUGCAUAGCUUAACACGACUGGAAGUCAGAGCUAAACGCUGAAAGGCAGAGAUAGUGUGAGAGGGGGGAGGGGAAAUGAAAGGUAAGAUGGAUGCGCCCUGCUAGGCACAACAUGGCAUGCAACCCCCUUCUCCCCCGCAGCAGGAAUGUGCAAUGAUAGUGGAAACCCUUCUCAUUGGACAGAAGUAAGACAAAUGCGAGUGGAGUCAACAAGUGUUUACAAAGGUAUAAAUGCCAAACACUGUAAAGUGUUGUCAGUCUUUUCAUCUCUUUCGAAUUGAAUCCAUGGAUAUCCGUGCUUUAUAAUACAAACACAUGCACUGAGCUGUACAGAGGCCUUGUCCAACGUCAGUUUAAAUCUCGUGCUUAUAUGAUUGUAAUGGAGGUAUGCUUUUCUUGUACAUAAGUGUUUUUGAAUCAAAAACCAUUUGUCAGCUUAAUUUCUUUACUACACUUAUUGUCUGUUAUUUCUGUUUAAAACCCUUUUUGUUUGGCCCUCGUGCCGGUUUAUUUUGGUAUUUUUGGAUGUUAAAAGCUUUAUUUUUGAACUUUCACACUGUCUCUGAGGAUCAAACUCCUGUCAUCCUGUCACACAGUCCUUCAAGUAGAACGACAGAAAGGCGAUCUUUAGUGUUUCUAAGUAGGCUGUGCUGCUAUAAGCAGAUCUAAGGAAAGACAUUAGAGUUAAACAUCUUCCAUACAUUGUAAUUAUUAUUAUUUAUUAGCAGAUGCCUUUAGCCAGGGCGACUUACAAUUGUUACAUUACAUUAUUUUCACAUACAAUUACCCAUUUAUACAGUUGGGUUUUUACUAGAGCAAUCUAGGUAAAGUACCUUGCUCAGGGGUACAGCAACAGUGUCCCCCACCUGGGAUUGAACCCACAACCCUCCGGUCAAGAGUCCAGAGCCCUAACCACUACUCCACAUCGCUGUUAUGUGAACAGAAUGCUACCAAGAGGAAACCUUUCCUGCCUAAGCAAAACCUUUUUUGUGUUGACCAAUCCUGUAUCACAGCAGGGUUUUGUCUAGCGUCUCUCAAUGCAGGAGUUAGGAUGUUUUUUGUACAUUGUAAUAAUUCGAUGUGCCUCUUUUUAAAAUGGCAAACAGGUGCCACGUUCUUGAAGGUCUGUCUGUGCACACUGUGAGGUUCCUGUGUUAACGGCCGGGCUUCUCAUCUCUGUGUGUGUAGGCGUGUCGCCUCUGUGCUGAUUCAGAGUGUGACCUUGGGGGGGGGUCCUGGCUUUGUCACAAGAUGCUUUGAAAGCUGUUUCCUUAUUUCUGUUGGAAUGUGUCUAUUAAAAAUAAAAUAAAAACAACACAAGCCUUUCUGAUAAA